CUAGUUCCUCCUUAAGCCCUUCCCUUCGAACCUUUGUUUAACUUUCCCUAUCUUCUUGGCUUGCAUCCUUAUCCUUACUCUUCCCCUUUCUCCUUUCCCCUUCCCUUUCCCUUUCCCUUUCUUCUUGGUUUGCUUCUUAUCAUCUGGUUCAUGGGUUUUCCUUGUGUUGGCAGAAUUGAAGCUCCGAAGCUUCUCAAAUCCCUUAUAAAUCUACUGACCCAUAUCAGAAUCAUUCUUAUGUUUGCAAUCUUUCAUCUCAGGAUACUUGAUCUGCCUGAUCAAUUAUAUUCCUGGGAAGAUCACAUCGAUCAUGCCUUGGCAGAGGAUCAUCUCCCAGCUUCAUCACAAUUCUCUGGAACAAAGAACAAGAGUCGUAGUAUACUGGAAUCAAUCAAGAGAAGUCUUCCAGUAACAGAAUUCGGCAGUUUCAUAGAGAGAUUAUCAGGAUCAUGGGAAGAUGAUAAAUCAGUCUGUGCUGUGUGCUUGAGUUGUAUGGAGAGAAGCCAUGAGAUCAGGGAACUACCCAAUUGCUCUCAUAUGUUUCAUAGGGAGUGUCUAGAUAGGUGGGUGGAUCAGGGACAGGUGACAUGUCCCUUGUGUCGGUCUAAGUUAUUACCAACACAGGUAGAGCAGGUAAGGGAUGGAAGAAAUUCAUGGUUGGUAGAAAGAAUAGCCUACUUGUUUGGGGAAGAUUUGUUGAUGGCUAUGGAUUAGUGUUUCAGAUCUUAAAACACAAGUAUUGUUAUAUGGAAUACACUUUUUGUUGUUUUGAAUUCUUUCAUCAAUAAAAAGUUGAGACUGUUUUUUAGUUUUA